AUGUAUGAAGGUCGGCCUGAGUACUGCACAAAAAGAUUCCGGUUCCCUCGAACACCAGGAGCCAUCACGGAUACUGACUGGUUCCCCUUAUGUAACCUUGUGGAAUGUCGAGACUGCAGGCGGUCUCCUGAGUCUGUGACGUUGCAUGCGGAUUGUUAUUGUUUGUUUCUACAGACAUACCGCGAGAAGCCAGUAUUAGAACGACUCUGGGUUGCAGCAGUCUGGAGGACUCCCUGGAUUCUAUCUUCUUUAAAACCAAGGACGCAACUUGAUAUUAUCGACAACGGACUAGUAUCGAUUAGUCUUUCCACUGCAGAAAUCUUGGGCUUGCCGCAACUCACAACUCUGCCAUCCGAGGUUCUUCAGCUCAUUAGAGCUUAUUCACGUGGAAGUUUUAUCUGGACCUAUCCGGCAAUCAAAGCCAAAGCAGAGGAAAUGGCAAGGUUUGAUGAGAGCAUUUCCAAGGACGACGGUAUGCAGUACAACCUCAGGAUUGUGAAAGAAUGGCAUCGAGGGCAAGAUGCUGAGCUCGACGAGGAUCCGCCUGAGUCUGACUCUCAGACUGGCCCGAGUAUAAGAGCUGUCGAUGCCGAACUCACAAAUAUUUCUUUAUUGAUUGUGCUGAAGCGCAACGUACUUGUAUAUUUCAAAUUUGGACAUGCACGGAUGAUACUGAGUCCCUCAUGGCCAAGGACUUUUCAAAUUUGGGACAUACCAAGUCCGCCCACGAAAGGGCUUGAGGUUCUCUUAAGACCACGUCGUACAGAUGCUACUUGCAAUCGCACCCUCGAUCUACGCAACAUUACGGGCAUUACGUUCUUUUUCUACCGGGGCACUUUGAUGGGACUCCAUGCUCACACCCUCGGAGCCGUGACAGCGGUGUCUACUGUUAAGGACACCCUUUCAGAUUAUGAGCCCCAUUUAGUAUGGAUUCACAUUCCCAUACCACAUGGCGAUCGUAUUAUGAGGUUUGGCCUACGGACUUGGAGAAAUGAACACGAGGAACCGGCGAACCAUCACACAGCUUUAUUGAUGACCACGAAGCUUGCUGGCGACUUCUCUCUCGGUCCAAGUUUCGAUAUGGAAGAUCAAAAUUUCUUGUUUCAAGGAACGCCCACUGUUCUUGUUCACAAUACGCCAGGAAAGGGUGGAAUUACACUGUUAGGUAUAGCAGGUGACGAACCUCAGGAGACGCUCCCCGCCCCUAGAUUUCCUGUUAUCUCCCUCUCGCCUUACGAGUUGGCGUAUGGUGGCAAUGCUAUUACAGUGGACAUUUCACUGAAAGGCACUGUCCGAGUUGAUAUCUUCAAGGAUAGCUCCACUGGAUGCUUCAGAGGUUUUCUCCUUGAGUUUGAGAAUGGUUCGCAGAGGACUGCAGGACAAUGCCGAGUAGGGGUUGACCCGGUCACUGUUUGUCACAAACCCGUGUCGUUCUGCUACCGCAAGGUUCAGGGGGGGGACUUUGAUGUGCACAAAUAUUAUGAACUUGAAUGUUGUCCGGAGACGGGUGAUCCUCAUUAUGAUCAUGCGUCUCCUGACGGGGCUUGGACGUGUUCAGAUUUCGGAGUGUACGCUAAGGUUUGGUGUAACGAUGUAACAACCGAACUAUAUACAUACACUCCCAGGUCUCAAGAGUUUAUAACGAUAGAGGAUUUAAUACAGCAAUGUCCCCCCGGUAAUUUGAGCGAAGAGAGUGAUUACUACGACUAUGAGGCUUUUGCGGAUAAUUUUGAUGAUGAACCCUUGUACUAG